AUGAUUCUACAUUUUCGUUAUAAUAUUUAUCAACAAAAGUUUGAGAGUGAACAGAAUACUCCACAUCCUCAAAUUUAUAUGAAAGCUCUUUUCUUAGGAAAUCAUCUAUGCUCAAUUUUUAAUUAUUUUCAUAAAUUCUUUGCCUAUAGAAAAUUAAAUUUUGAAGAUCUUUCAAAUUAAAAUCUAUCUCUGUUAUUGCUAGAAAGAAUUCUUAAUCGACUCCAUAUGUUUAUUAGUGCUUAAAUAAUUCACAAAAAGUGCAUUUUUUUUGAUAAAUUUUUAUUGGAAAUCCAUCAAAUGUCACGAUUUCGGACUCAUAAUAUUCAUAUUAUUCAUCAUCACACUAACUUAUUUUCUAAAUCCCUUAUAAAGAUUAAUUUGUUAUGUCCUAAACGUUUUAUACAAGAUCUAUUCUUUAUUUACGCAUAGCUAUAUGACUUAAAUUAUCAUAGCUCAUACCCAAAAAAUCCAAAUAUUCUUGGGAGUAACCCAUUUCGAUUGUUUCAAUUUCCUUUGAUUGUAAGCUCAACCUUCCUAAUGAGUAUGAAUACAUUUUACUUACACUCUGCUAUUAGGUAUACUGCUUCAUAAAAUUAUAGCAUACAUUCUUAAACUAUAAAAACUCAUACUCUCUUAAAUUUUAAAUAUAUUCAUCUGUAUUCUUUAUAACAUUUUUUAAAAAAUAUGCUAAAUUGUAGAAGUUUUAUAUUGGUUUUUCAGCAACAGCGUACUAGAUCUAAGGAAUUUUUUAAAUUAUUUAUAAGGCUUAUUCCAUUAUGA